AUGGGGUCUGCUUGUUGUGUCGCUGCUAGAGACAAGACUAUAACAAACAGAGCAAACAGUGAAGUUCUGCAUCGCAAUAUUCGGUAUUCUCCAACAUGGAGCUUUCGAUGGGAUAACCGAGUGGGGGUAGCAGGUGAAGAGACUUCUGUGAGUUGGUUCUCUGAUGGAAUUAGCAGAAACGAUGGUUCUGAAGUUAAAUUUGAGUCAGCAUGUGUAUCAGAGGAGGGAAGUCCAUUGGUACAUUUUCGAAGACAUACAGGGCAAAAGUCCUCCAUUUCUGAGGGAACUGCUGGCCAUGUGAGGACUCCCGCUUCAGAUCGAUCUAUUUCAAGAAAUAUUUCCAUGGAUGCAAGUCUAGAACAGGCAAAGGAAUCAACAGAAUCCCCUACAGUUUCAUAUCCGUCCCCGACAAAGUUAUCAGUUUCGUUGCCUUCUACUUCAUCGUUGUCUGCAUCCCCAUUGUCAUCCCAAUGUCAUCUACCUCCUGCUAGCUCAACGCCAUUGAGGUGGCCCCGCUGUUCUCCAGGACAUCAGCUAUUAAGGCAAGUAUCUGAUGGCCGAGUCCCAGGAAACAAGUCACCAAACAGCUGCUCAAUUUCUGAAGAUAGGGCAAGGCUCCCCUCAUGGAGCAAUGAAUCUGCUAGAGGCUCCCGUGGUGGGUCUUCAGAUAGUUGGUCUAUGCAUGCAUUUUCUGAGCUCAUGGCCACAUCUAAUAGAGAAAGGUGGUCUUUUGAUAGUGAGUCCUUUGGCUUUAAUCGUGAGAAGAUAACUAGAUCCAGUAGCAGAAUUUCAGCUUCACCCCCUGUUGAUUUGCAGACGUGUGGGGUUUGCUCAAAGCUUUUGACUGAGAAAUCUUCAUGGAGCGGCCAAAAGAUUAUUGCAAACAAUGAGCUUUCUGUGGUCGCAGUGCUAAUUUGUGGGCAUGUUUAUCAUGCUGAAUGUUUGGAGAAUAUGACUCCUGAAAUUAACAAGUAUGACCCAGCCUGCCCGCUUUGUACUUUUGGGGAGAAACAGAUCCACAAGUUGUCUGAAAAAGCAUUGAAAGCAGAAAUGGACUUGAAGGCUAGAAACAAGAGAUCAAGAAACCGGGUGUUAGACCUUGAUAGUGAUUCUGUUGUGUUUGAUCGCUUGAAGAGUAGUGGACAUCAAGAAAAGGGCCCUAAGAUGGGAUCGAGUUCCAGCAUGAGAAGCUCCUUGGGAAAGCCUUUUUUGAGACGACACUUCUCUUUUGGCUCCAAGAGUACUCGAGCCCUAUCAGAGAAUCACUCUACAAGAAAGAAAGGGUUCUUCUGGGCAAAAUCUAGCAAGAUGUGA